AUGCCCGGAGCAGGCGAACAUACCCCCCUCCUUGUGGCUUCCGAGCCGACGCCGACGACCCGGCGUUUGGUCGUCGCGACCUCGCUUCUUGCGGGUUUCCUCGGGGUCCUCGACCUGACGAUCGUGGCUACAUGCAUCCCAACCAUCUCCUCCGAACUGCACUCCUUCGACCGCUCCUCCUGGAUCGGCACGGCCUACCUCUGGUCCAACGUGACAUUUACGCCCCUCUAUGGGCGUUUGGCCGAUAUACUCGGUCGGCGUCGGGCGUUCCGCCAGGCCCUCCUCCUCUUCACGGUGGGCACUUUGGGAUGUGGUGUCGCGCCUUCUUUUGCGCUGCUGUGCCUCGGCCGCUUUGUGGCUGGUAUGGGCGGCGGGGGCAUGAGUACGGUCUCCUCGGUGGUGGUCGCGGAGACGUUCCCGCCCGCGCUGAGGGGGUUCUACCAAGGCCUCAACAUGAUGGUCUUUGGGCUGGGGAUCGGGCUCGGCGGGCCCAUUGGCGGGUGGCUCACGGAGACGUUUGGGUGGCGUGCGGCUUUCUUCGCUCAGAUCCCGAUCGCGCUCACGCUAUACGUGCUCGUGGGGUACUCUGUCCCCGGCAAGGCGAGGGGGCAGACACGCUGGGGCGACAUUGAUUUCGGCGGCUCGUUGACGCUGUUGCUCUCGAUCGGAUGCCUCCUGCGCAGCCUUGGGUCAGAGAACUCUGCUGUUCCCUUCGCUCUGGCUUCGGCGGGCUUCUUUGCAGUCUUCAUCUUGGUUGAGCUGUGCUUCGCGCGCGUUCCCGUUCUGCCAUUGACGUUGUUGAAGAGGCGUGUGCCGCUCUGUAUCGGGAUCAUCAGUGGAGUCAUCGCCAUUGUCAACUUCAACAUGCUCUACCACCUCCCCAUGGUGUUUGAGAUUGUGCUGGGGCAAUCGCUGUCGAGCGCCGGUUCGCACUUGCUGCCCAACUCGAUUGCCAUGGCCAUCUUCUCCCCAUUGGCGGGCCUCUACGUGAAUCGCGCGAGGCGGUACAAGUGGGCCAUCGUUCUGAGCGCUUGCGGCCCGCUCCUGUCCAUGAUCCUGCUUACGUUCCUGGGCCCGCACAGCAGCGAGUUUGUGCAGUGGACAGCCGUGAUUCCAAUGGGCACGGGUUUCGGUGCGUUGCUCACGUUGACACUCGUCGCGAACCUGGAAGCAGUCAGCCGCGACGAGAUUGCGACAGCGACCGGAUUCGUCUUCAUCUGGCGUUGCAUUGGUCAGGUGCUCGGCGUGGGGAUCAGCGACGCCGUUUUCCAGACAAGUCUGGGGCACGAGCUCGCCCUCCGGUUCAAGGAUGGAACCCUCAUCGAUCGGUUAAGGAAGGCCAGCAGCGUCAUCAAGAAGCUGCCCCUGUCGCAGCGUCUGCUCGCUAGGGAGGCGUACGGUGCCGCGCUCAGGAAUACCUUCAUCUUUGGCAGUAUAGGUGCCGCAAUCGUGUUGGUGACGAGUUUCUUUAUUCCUGAUGAACCCCUGCACGAGCAGGAAAAGCCCGUUUCGACGGAGCCGCGGGCGUAG